UGACAGUUGUCAAAAUACUCGAUUCCCGCGAAAUGCAAGCUCCAAUUGACUAUUUCCGCGAAAUAUGAUUUAAACGAAAACUCGUAUUCAGGAAUAAAUAAAUACAUAUUUUUAGAUAUAAAUAUGAAAAAAGCAAGUGGAAAGGAAACUUACCUUGUUACCAAUACUCUCAACUGCAUACCAUUUCUGCUAGAUGGUCAGUCGGUGCUGAUAGAUCUGCUCAACGAAAACUCUGUGGCUGGGCGUAUUGAUGCCGAUGGAACGGACGGCUACAUGAAUAUCAACUUGCGUGAUGUCGUUUUUAUUGACCGUAAUGGACAACAAUAUCCUUUUGAACAGUUCAUGGUGCGUCCACGGGUGAUACGACAAAUACACAUACCUGCGCACAUAGAGGCUGAAAGUGCUAUACGCGAUUGGUUGGAUCAUGGCCGCAGACCAGCAAGACGGGCGCCAAAGCAGCGAAAGGGUAAAAAGACUUUCAAACAAAAGCGCGCAGAGGAACGGCACAAAGAGGUGUUGAGUGAAAUACAAAAACCCAAGCAGGAACCCGAAAGCGAAAUUAAAGACGCGAAAACGUAAUGCAUAGAUUUCAUCAUUUUUUAUAAUUUUUUUUUAUUCUUUGCACAUACGUACAUAGUAUACAAAAACACUUUUAUUCAUUUAGGUUUCAGAUAUGCAAAUAAGUACUAUUUAUAAACCAAACCUACCUUUUAGAUGAAAUUAAAAAUUCAAGAGCGCAUCAAUUCAAUUCAAUAUUUGCGCAUGAUAUUACUCAGGACAAACAUGUAUAGCGAAUCCAAAAAAA